AUGGAUGCUCAAAAUCCCCCCAGCUCAAUUGUCCCUACAGGCACAGCGGGCAAGGACAAACACCUGGCGAACUCGUUGCUAGCGGAGGAAAGAUCGAUUCAAAAUGGAGACCAAGAUAUCCUAAAGGGGGAGAAUGUGGACGAGGUUCUUGCUGCCAAGAUGACGCUUAUCAAUGAUACCAUUGAUGAGAUUGGUUUCACACCUCACCACUGGAAAUUAUUCUGCCUGAACGGAUUCGGAUAUGCAGUCGACUCGCUCAUUCUCUUAAUUCAGUCCAUUAUUUCGACCCAGGCCAGGUUGGAGUUUAACCCAUCAUAUUCCACCGGGCUCACCAUCGCGGUUUAUGUGGGUAUGUUGGUGGGUGCAAUCUUUUGGGGCUUUUCGGCAGACAUUAUCGGCCGGCGGUUCGCCUUCAACUUCUCCCUGUUUAUUUCAUCGGUAUUCACUAUCGUCGCGGGGGCUUCCCCCUCUUGGGUCACUCUGGGUUUGUUUGUCUGCUUAAGUGCAUUUGGUGCUGGGGGAAACUUAGUUCUAGAUACCACGGUCUUUCUCGAAUACCUUCCCAGCAAGGAGCAAUGGCUGUUGACACUCAUGGCGGCCUGGUGGGGUCUGGGUCAGCUCAUCGCAGGUCUGUUUGCGUGGGCCUUUCUUCCCGACUUCUCCUGUAGCGACGCAGCCACAUGUACUCGUGACAACAACCAGGGAUGGCGUUAUGUGUGGUACACAUCCGGCGCCUUGGUGUUCGUUCUCUCCGUCCUCCGUGUGACCAUCAUCCGCCUUGAAGAAACCCCCAAGUUCCUUAUUUCCGAAGGCAAAGACGAGCAAGCAGUACGCGUUCUACGCAACAUCGCCGAUAAAUACGACCGCCCAUGCAGCCUCACCACCGAGCGGCUUCAGGCAUGCGGGCAAACUGCUCGUCGCGGAUCCCCGGGGUCUGGCUGGUUUAUGCGGCUCAUCUCCCCGAGUGAAGUGUUCUUCCAUCUCCGUGGACUCUUCGCAACUCGCAAAAUGGCCCUAUCGACGACCCUAGUCUGGCUCUCGUGGCUUCUCAUCGGUCUCGCCUAUCCGCUUUACAAUGUGUUCCUCCCCACCUAUCUUGCGUCGCGUGGCGCAAGCUUUGGAGAGAGUAGCCCGUAUAUUACCUGGCGGAACUACGCCAUCAACAAUACAUGUAGCAUCCUCGGUCCUAUAUUAGCGGGAUUCAUGUGUCGCUCGCCCUGGUUUUGGGGCCGUCGGGGAACCAUGAUCAUCGGAGCUGUCGUCACGAUGGUUUUCUUCUUCUGCUAUACGCAAGUGCGCACUGCGAAUCAGAAUUUGGGUUUUACGUGCGCUAUUUCUUUCUGCUUGAAUGUUUACUAUGGUACCCUCUAUGCUUACACCCCCGAGGUAUUUCCCUCCGCCCACCGGGGCACAGGAAAUGGUGUUGCUAUUGGGCUCAAUCGGAUCAUGGGAAUCAUCAGUGCUGUUGUCGGCCAAGCCGCAAAUAUCAGCACGCCCGUGCCAAUUUACAUCUGCGCCGCCCUUUACAUUGUGAUGGCAAUUGUUGCCGGAGCCUUGCCAUUUGAACCGUAUGGCCGACGAAGCAGCUGA